ACGGUAAAGUUCCAGUUGACGAGACAAGCAAAGAACGUAAAGUUUUGACUUAUUCUUUGGUGCAGUUGAUCAUUAUUGGUGUUUUUGUUCUUCUUGGUCUGAUCUAUUCUCUGGGCUUUCUUUAUUUCAAUAUCAGCAAAAGAAGUCACAAGUAAGUUAUUAAUCUUGCUUGAGAGCCAUAACCAACUGUAUAGAUCUCAUUAUGAGAUGAAAAGAAAAAUGCAACUAUAGGCCCUAACCAGAAGCAUUCAGUUGCUAAAAGUGCAACUAUAGUAUAUAGUAUUUUUUUCUGCCAGAGUGGUUCGAAUGUCAUCUCCAAUGAUAAACAAUGUCGUUCUACUUGGUUGUGUCUUUUGUUAUGUUUUCGUUUUCUUGUUGGGAAUUGAUUCAAGAUUCGUUGAUGAUCACGUCUUUGGAAUUUUAUGCAAC